AGUACAAUAUUAUUAUUGCAGCCAUAUACCAAUCUCUCUUUCUCUUACGAAAUAUAAACAAACCCAGACUUCAAAUUUGAUGAAAUUGUCCUCUGACCGCGGAUUUUAGUGUGCAAUAGCAGGUGGUGUUCUCAACAUGAUUAAUACCAAUUUCUUUAAUGAAAUAAACCCACACUUUUGAAUUGUCAAAUUUGGAGAUACAACAAAUAGUUUCGAUUUAUAGCUGAGAUGCAAAACAAGCCUUGAAUCAUCGAGAUGUGCUUUCAUACGGAACAUUCCACAGGCUAGAAAACAAUGUCCUGAUUUUCCUGUCUUUUUGUCACUAUGGAAAGAGGGAAAGUUCAAGGGGGCAGGGGCGGCCGCGUCAUUUUGUCUUGAACCAACUUUUGUAGACUUAUGGACUCAAUUCAUCAUUAAUCAAAUGAUAUGAAACUUGGAAGAAUUCCAUGUAUUUAUGCUUGUAUAGAAUGAUGUCGAGAAUGGUAUGAAGAAAAAAUCGAAGGGUGUUGAAAACCAUCACAAAGGAGUUGGAAACCUCUUUCUCUCUAUCGGGUUUUCAGAGCAGUUGGUGAUUUGGUGUUUGAAUAUUUUCGAUCUUUUUAAAGCCACCGUCUCCCAAACCUUGUUAAAGUCCUUCCAAGCCAUUGCUCAUUCUUCACCAUCCUAGCGCUUCUACCUAACUUUCUGGUUCUUUCAAAUCAUUACCUGAAAGCUGUCAGUUUUAACCAACCACGGAUAAUAGUCUAUACGUCGGUACAAGUUUGAAGAAGUGAAAUUGUGGAAUUAUAGUCAGGAUUCAGAAAAAAUGACUGUGAUGAAAAUUACUUGGAGAUCGAUCAUCCCGAGCUGUUCCAAGGGUGUUGAGAAAAAAGAAGCCAAGCCCAAGAAGGAAGUUGCAAAACAAAGUUCAUUUACGAGGCUUGCAAUGUUAGACUUAAGUUAUCCCAGUUCAAUGCUUUCGGAGGAUCUGUCUGUAUCGCUUGCCGGUUCAAACCUUCAUGUUUUUACGCUUGGGGAGCUAAAGGUGAUAACACAGAGCUUUUCAUCGGCCAAUUUUCUUGGUGAAGGUGGGUUUGGACCUGUUCAUAAGGGGUUCAUUGAUGACAAGCUUAGGCCUGGAUUGCAAGCUCAGCCUGUGGCUGUUAAGCUCCUGGAUCUAGAGGGCCUGCAAGGACAUAGAGAGUGGCUGACUGAAGUGAUCUUUCUUGCACAAUUGAGGCAUCCACAUCUUGUGAAGCUGAUCGGUUAUUGUUGCGAAGAAGAACAUAGGCUACUGGUGUAUGAAUAUAUGCCUAGAGGUAGCUUGGAGCAUCAGCUAUUUAGAAGGUAUUCAGUUUCACUUCCAUGGCCAGCAAGGAUGAAAAUUGCUCUUGGAGCUGCCAAGGGUCUUGCCUAUCUCCAUGAAGCAGAGAAACCAGUCAUAUACCGAGAUUUUAAAGCGUCAAAUAUCUUGUUAGACUCUGAUUACACAGCCAAACUUUCAGAUUUUGGUCUAGCAAAAGAUGGCCCGGAAGGGGAUGACACUCAUGUUUCCACCAGGGUUAUGGGUACACAAGGCUACGCUGCUCCUGAAUACAUCAUGACAGGUCACUUGACAGCAAUGAGUGAUGUAUAUAGCUUUGGAGUGGUACUUCUGGAGCUUUUAACGGGGAGAAGAUCUCUAGACAAGAGCCGUUCCCAAAGAGAACAGAACUUGGCAGAGUGGGCAAGGCCAAUGUUGAAUGAUCCUAGGAAACUUGGCCGGGUAAUGGAUCCUAGACUAGAAGGCCAAUACUCAGAAAUGGGGGCACGAAAGGCAGCUGCAUUGGCUUAUCAAUGCCUUAGUCACCGGCCAAAGCAAAGACCAAAAAUGAGUGAUGUGGUCAAGAUUUUGGAGCCCCUUCAGGACUAUGAAGACAUCCCAAUUGGUCCCUUUGUUUAUACGGUUCCAACCGAAAGUGGUUCGCCAAAGGAGGACGACACUAAGGAAUGCGAACCUAAAAUGGAAUUGAAGAAAGAGAGCGGCCAUCAUCACAAAAACCACAAGCUCUAUCAUGGCCAUAGGCAUCAAAAUAGAUCACCAAGGAUGUCUCCAAUUCACUCGGAAAGGGACACUGUAAAGCAAAAUCUUGGAAAUGAGUCGAAUUCUCCCUUGCACCAGAAAGCUAGGGGAGCGUAGAGUAUAGAUUAGCACAACUGUAAAUAAGCGGCAACUAAAGAUUGCCUUGGAUUGCUCACUGUGGCAAAUGUUAAGUGUAAUUUGAUUCAUUCAAAUACAAGAAUUUUUGUUUUUUGUU